CAUAACGUGAGACUGUCAGCACCGGAUCCUGCUUAUGUAACGCUGCUGCUGCAGGAGGAGAGAGAGGAGCGGAGGACUGAUGGAUGGCUCAUUUAGAGACAAAUAACGGCGAGAUGGCUUAUGACUGAACGUCUGAAGGCGGAAAGAACAAUAAUGAGUGUGGAUCGCCGGGCUGCAGUGUGAGCCUGGGUCUGGGCAUUAGGGGCCUAUCCCUCUGCACAGUCUGCAGCCUGCGGAAGAUUCUUCUUUUUCUGCAGAUCAUGCGAGUUUAAGUUCGUCUCCUUUCUGCAGGAAUAAACCAAUGCGGGUUUGUUUUAGAGGAGAAACGCCUUCAUAUUCUGAUCCUCACCAUCCUUUUUGCACUGAUCCAACGGACAGCGCUGUGUGAUAAACAAUGGCGGGUCCGGAGCAGUGCCAGCAGCAGGUGGAGGAGAAGGCAGAGCACAUAGACGAUGCUGAGAUGGCUCUGCAGGGCAUCAACAUGCUGCUCAACAACGGCUUCAAGGAGAGCGACGAGCUCUUCAGGAGAUACAGGACCCACAGCCCCCUGAUGAGCUUCGGGGCCAGUUUUGUCAGUUUCCUGAAUGCCAUGAUGACAUUUGAGGAGGAGAAGAUGCAGACGGCCUGCGACGACCUGAGGACCACUGAGAAGCUGUGUGAGAGCGACAGCGCCGGAGUCAUCGAGACAAUCAGGAACAAGAUUAAAAAGAGUAUGGACUCACAGAGGUCGGGCGUGGUGGUGGUGGACCGCCUGCAGAGACAGAUCAUUGUUGCUGACUGUCAGGUGUACCUCGCCGUGCUCUCCUUCGUCAAGCAGGAACUCUCAGCUUAUAUCAAAGGAGGCUGGAUUCUCCGUAAGGCGUGGAAAAUGUACAACAAGUGCCACAGUGACAUCAGCCAGCUGCAGGCGGGCUGUGAGCGGAGGUCCUCCCUCCACCAGGAGUCCCUCACCACGGACAACGCCAACCACAACGCCCCGGUGGAGAACUGCGUGACAGCUGAAGCCCUGGACCGGCUCAAGGGGUCCGUCAGCUUCGGCUACGGCCUGUUCCACCUGUGUAUCUCCAUGGUACCACCUCACCUGCUCAAGAUCAUCAACCUGCUUGGUUUCCCCGGCGACCGCCACCAGGGCCUGUCCUCCCUCAUGUAUGCAAGCGAGAGCAAGGACAUGAAGGCACCACUGGCUACAUUGGCCCUCUUGUGGUACCACACAGUAGUGCUUCCCUUCUUUGCUCUGGAUGGCUCCGACACACAUGAGGGGCUGCUGGAAGCCAAAGCUAUUCUGCAGAGAAAGUCGGUGGUUUACCCCAACUCAUCUCUCUUCAUGUUCUUCAAAGGACGAGUUCACAGGCUAGAGUGCCAUAUCAACAGUGCUUUGGCCUGUUUCCAUGAUGCAUUAGAGCUUGCAUCAGACCAAAGAGAGAUCCAGCAUGUGUGUCUCUAUGAGAUUGGUUGGUGUAGCAUGAUAGAGAUGAAUUUUGAAGAUGCAUACAGGGCAUUUGAGAGGCUGAAGAAUGAGUCACGUUGGUCCCAGUGCUACUAUGCCUACUUGACCGGAGUUUGUCAGGGUGCUUCGGGUGACCUAGAUGGAGCCAGCGGUGUUUUCAAAGAUGUACAGAAGCUGUUCAAGAGAAAAAACAACCAGAUAGAGCAGUUUGCAGUCAAAAGGGCUGAGAGAUUGAGAAAGAUCUCUCCCACCAGAGAGCUAUGCAUCCUUGGUGUAAUUGAAGUGCUCUAUCUGUGGAAAGCACUUCAAAACUGCUCGUCCUCUAAACUGCAGAUAAUGAAUCAAGUGUUGCAGAGUUUAGAUGAGGCUUCAUGCAGAGGCCUGAAACACCUCCUUCUUGGUGCUGUUCACAAAUGUCAUGGAAAUAUGAGGGAUGCUGUUCAGUUGUUCCAGCUGGCUGCUAGAGAUGAUUAUGGACGACAGAUCAACUCUUAUGUUCAGCCAUAUGCCGUCUAUGAGCUUGGAUGUAUACUCCUUGCAAAACAGGAGACUGUAGGAAAGGGGAGGUCCUUUCUACUUCAAGCUAAGGAGGAUUUUACGGGCUAUGACUUUGAGAACAGGCUUCAUGUCCGCAUCCAUUCCGCCCUGGCUACUCUGAAGGAAGUUGUGCCUCAGUGACUCCAGCAAGGAGAGCUGCAAUGGCUAAAGCUAUGCUCAUAGCUUUUUACACCAGGUUUUAAGCCAAUCAAAAUAACUGUAUCACAACCCGGUGAACAGAUUCUUUUUCAUUCUUAAAGUGUUUGGGGAAAAUACAUUUGUUUGUAAAGUCAAGUUGAUAUGAAGUGUGAUCUCUGUGCAUUUUGUACAGAAAUAGCUAGGUGUGUUCAUGAUAGCCUAGGAAAAAGGAGGAAAAGGCUAGCCAAGCUAUGGAUAGCAAGUUAAAAACUAAACCUAAAACUUAAUCUAGAGUAAUGCUGCUAAGUAGACAAGAUGGCGCCCAUGAGGGUGAGAAGUGUCUAGCAUUCCACACUUAACGUUGGGAGCUCAAGAACAGACACAAAACUGAAUUUAGACACACCAGAGGACUUUUUGUAUUUCUGUCUUAUUGCGUGCUCAAACACAGAAUACUCUGUAUAAAAAUAUGUCUUUUUUUUCUAAGGUUAAUUUUCUCUGUCUGGCCGAGCUAAUUAGCUAGUGGUUUCCCCUUGCUUAAAGACCUAGUGCUAAACCAGGCUGUUUCUGCACAGGAAGCACAGAUAUUGCAUUGAUAUGGACACUGGGCCCAGCAACAAACAAGCACAUUAACCCACAAUUUUAACUGUUUCUUUAAUUGUUUCCAACCUAAUGUAUUAGCUAGCUAGUAACAUUUUCUUCUCAUUAGCGUGUGUAUAAGGAGGAAUUCACUAUUGCCUCUCCCUCACUUCAGUGAGACAUUCGGCACAUAAAAGUAAACAUUUUAUCAGAUAAUAUUUCCCUAAAUAUCAGCUUCACAAUGAUAAAUAUACAGUACAGGUAUUAAUGUUUCAAGUUUUAAAACACCAUUGAGCAUCUAACUUAAUCACAUAUCAUGAAAAAGAGGAGGGAAACAAGAGUCAAAUUUAAUAUUUGAUUUUAUAUAUGAAUUUAAAGGACUCCCUACUCCAUGGGUUGGUCAUUUUUUCUCAACAAUUUCCACUGCUUUCCGAAUUAAAUUAUCAGACAUCUGCUUGUCAUGUUGCAAACGUCAUUUCACAAAGGGGCCACUUAGUAUAUUUACAAUGGAAAUCAAAUGACAAACGUAUAGAAAAAAAUGUGUUACCAUGGGAAUACUUAUUAAAUUGUCUAAAUUCACUAGUCACCUAAAAACAUAGUUAGAUAUCAUACCUUUCUAGUUAUUGAGGAAUCACCACACUUCACAUCGCCCUAGUGGUGUUUUUUUUUAAUGUGAAAACAGCAGGUAUUGUUGCUGUGCUCUAUGAGUGUUAUGGCAGGGUAACAGUGGCUAUAAGACUGUAUUGAAGUCAAAUGUACCCGUAUGUCCAUCCAUCCAAUAUAACACAGUACUCUGUACUGUAAUGUUGCCAUUUAAAGUUGCUGUUAAAUGUCAGCCUAAUAAACAUAUAUUACUAGUGACUUUAUUUCAAUAGUGUUUUAGUAGUACAAACGUUUGAGUUGGUCCAUAAUAGUGACAGUUUUAUUUAUAAUACAACAGAAGUAAUACUUUUGCAAAUGUUAUAAAGCUGAAAAGUAUGACAUUGAAUUUGGCAAAGAAUAAUAUUUCUUCGAUAAGAGUGAUUUUAAGAACAUUUCUCAAUAGAGUCUCAUACUGUACAUACUAAUCAUUCUGUGCAGGUUAUUGCCAUUUGUCAUUAAACACUCAUUUGUCAGGCUAGCAAUAUAAGAAAAAGGAUCUUACAGUUAUUUCACUAUCUGUGUUUUUCAUCCCAUGUUCAAAAUUGAAGACCUUUGUUUUACUUUCACUGAGCUGUCACCCCCUGUGGCUGUGAUGGAUGUAAACUGUGGUAAAUGUGGAGUUGACCACUGCAAGUGGUCAGUGCGGUGCAAGUAAAGUAACGGUGAAAUGUCAGUAACCUACCUGCUGUACCAACCACUUCUGUCACUUCAAUUAUAUUUCCUUUUGUCAUGAGAUUAUGUUGAAAUUAAGGGUACAUGUUAUGAUGAUGGUGUUCCAAUGUGUCACUGAAUAAACUUCAUUAAUCUCGCCAAA